GUCGCGCGCGCACGUACGAGUGUAACAUAAACAAAACCGGUUCCAUAGAGCCAAAGUUGUUCGCGGCAUACCGCAAUACUUUUUCUUUCUCUCUUUAUUAUGACAUUUUACGUUUCAUCAGUGAGUGUUCCGAGUGAUAAGAGUUCAUUGUGCUACAUUGUAAAGUUGCAAUAGUUUACUUGGUGUACUGUUUGAUAUAUGUGCUACUGUUGUUUGUGAGUAUUCGAGACAGAGAACACCAUGUUUCCACGUAUACAAGGAUUGUUUCACUCCGUUACGGAUAAGAGAUCUCAGAACGACUGUGGACAGAACAGCAUGACUAUAGUAACAGAGAAGAAGUUAGAAGAUGACGCUUCAGAGUCUUCUAGUGGAGAGAAUGUGGAUAUAGAAGAUAAAUCUCUACCAAUAGUAGAGCCAGCUUUAGAGUCAACCGAGGGCCACGCCGCUCAGUGCGCCUGUCCCAACUGCGAUGAGGUCCUCUCAAGAUUCUCAGAAUGCAGUAUAUGCUUGGAGCCUUUACAGUGUUGCGGCCCCUGUGUCUGCCCGUGGUGUGGGGGGGUGUGGUGCGCGCGGUGCUCGCGACGCAUGUCCCGCUGUGCAUGGUGCCGAGGCAGUCUGCGCGCACCCGCCGUGCCCUGCCUCGCGCUCCAGAGACUCAUCAACGACCUGACGCUGCCGUGUAGGAACUAUAGACGGGGUUGCACAGAACUUUUGACAGCAAAUAUAAGGGCAAAGCAUGAAGAGGAAUGCAAAUACGAUACAAUGAUUUGCCCCAUCACGCCUAAUUGUUGUUCGGUCCCCUUUGAAGAACUAUCAGCUCACCUCCAAUCAAACCAUAACAUCAUUGCCGUUUACUCUCAGAAGAUCAAGAUAUUAAUAGAAAACUUCCAAACCAAACUUAAGAAAACUGCAUGCUGUAGAACCAAAUACAAGAUCGUACUGCUCUAUCAAAAAAGUGCUUUCAUUAUUAAAGUAUGUAUAUACAAUUACCACGUAAAAGUUGAAGUUAUGAGACGGAAGCUCGGAUAUAUCGCUGAUGUUAAAUCAGAAUCAAGAAAGAGUGAAUACUGUGCACUGAUUGAAUUCCAAAGUAAAGCGUUGUGUACCAAAUCAGCAAUACUUAUUGAGAAUGAAGCAUAUAGUAAGAAAGCUGAAGUACAAUGGAACGAUGUGAUACUCAAGUCAGAAAACGACGAAGCUAUUACCAUUCAUGUUAAUAUUGGAAAAGCUGAUGCUGACCCUAUACGGAAAGAACUACCCGAUUCAUGAUAAAGUGGAGAAAUUAAACUGGUGUAAAUACAUGAUAAAUAAACAAGACAUGUGAUUAAACACGACGCUUGCACUCGAAGAUGUUUUAAACGAAACAGAUUUAAAGCUAUCUUCGAAGAGUUAUUAGAGGCCAAAAGAACUUAAGUUAGAGUUGACAACAACCCGACGUUAUAUUAUAUUUUUUCUCUUAUGAAAUCAACGGAUGAACAAGUCUAAAUUUGUUUUAAAUCAUGAGUUGGUAAAAAGGAGUUUUUAUUUCAGUCCUUUUUAGCACGAUGCUUAUGCAAAGUUGAUAUUUUAAGAGGGUUCCUUAAAAUUAAAGAUAAUGUCAAAUGAUUAGAAUAUACAUUCCAAUGGAUUUGCAUCAUAUUUUUUGUGAUUUUACUGUAAGAUAUUAACUAAGUAGGAGGAUAGUCAAAGUUAUCAGGUUAGUUAUACAAUGACUGAUAUAGACAUAACUAUUAGAUAGGUACGUACUUAGAUUUUGCGAUUGUAUUUCAAUGUAAGUUUUAAAAUAAAAAGUUUGA